AGAGAGUGCGAUUCAGUUGGUAAACAAAAAGCAAAGCCGAUGCUAUGGAGCUCCUCAACGCCACGAUCAUUCCUCUACUCCUAACGGCACUCUUGGGGAUGCCUGUGAAUACCCAGGACUGUCGGCAGCUUCAGGAGCAGGACAUGGAUACGGAGGAGUCACCGUGUGAGAAUUUCUAUCAGCAUGCCUGCGGCAAUUGGUAUGCAAAUGUUUUCCAAAGGAAUUUGGGUGCCCAUGACAAGCACUCCCAGUGGAAGGCCAACCUAAAGCUCAAGUUGAUUCGUUAUUUUGAGAAAGGAGAUGCUAUGGAGGGAUCUAGACCUCAUUUGGGUAACUACUACAGAAGCUGUUUGGCGGCUGGUCAAACCCUAAGCUCUUACACCGAGGCAAUGGCCAGGAGUGGAGCUAAUUUUCCAUUGCUGGAGAGGAAUUCUUCGGCCUCUGAGAUGGGAAAUGGGUACUCCUCAUCUUCGAGAUCAGCCUCGGACUACUCCUCCUCCUCAAGGUCAUCGACGUCAGCCUUCUCCUCCUCCUCGUCAACAUCCUCCUCCUCCCCCUCCUUCGACUGGGUCCUGGCCAAUGCCGCCCUCCGUCAGCAUGGUGCCCAGGGCCUUUGGCGUCUCCUCGUCCAGGACAACUGGCAGUCGGCAGAGCAAAGAAUCUUCUACCUCCUACCACCCCGCUUUGAUCUCUUGGGCGAGGACACCAUGAGUGAGUUCCUCUACCAGCGUUAUCUCAAAAUCCUGCUCAUCGAAAUGGGUCUACGAGUGCGAAGGGCAGCCCUUCUGGCCGAACGUCUUAUUGAAUUCGAACAGAGUCUGCGACAUCUAUUGCCCAAGGAUGUGGAGCAAACACUGGUCCUACGAGAGCCUCAAGUCUUGAGGGAAUGGGAUCAGCAAGUGCCUCAACUCCAACUUAAACGUUACUUUGGAAUCCUGCUUCAAGGUUUGGAUUGGGAUGAAUCUAGUCUGCUGAUUGUGGCCGAUAAGGAGUACUUAAUAGGUCUUCAGAGGAUCUUAAAUUCGAAUAGAAUAGAUCCCUUGAUCCUGUCUACUUGGCUGCUACUCCAGCUUCCAGCUCACUUUGAGCUGCGGAUGCAUGACGAUGAGAAUUUGAGCUCCCAGCGGGAUCAUUGCAUUCAGCAGUUGCGUCGCUUGAUGCCCGGUGCCUUGGGUAGACUACAAAUGGAAUUGGUUUUGGGUGAAAAUUAUCGCGAGGAAUAUGAUACAGCUGUCCAGAGGAUAACCUUGAUGUUUAGGGAUCUCAAACAGCAAUUUGAGUUGGCUUUGAAUGCCACCGAGGUGUUUGAACAGGAUCAAAAAACCCGUCAAUUGGCCAGGGAGAAGCUAAGAGCCAUGAGGCUUGUAACACCUAGGCUACAAGAGGGCGGAGGAGGAGGAGGUUUACCCACCAAUACCACCACUUGGGAUGAAACCCUGAUGCAAUUGUCCCUCAACCAGGCUCGGAUCGAGUUCCGGCAGGUCUUUGGUGAACCUGUGGUUGCUGCUCCUGCAGAUCCUCUGGCCGUGAAUGCCUACUAUCGCCUCAAACUGAAUCGCAUCGAGUUGCCGCUGGGGCUGAUGGUCUCCACGCUGCUGCAGCAGCAGGAGUGCAGCCAGGAUUUAGAGCAUUUCCAGGCUCGUUUCUCCGCCGGUUUGGGUUAUAUUAUGGCCCAUGAGAUGGUUCAUGCCUUUGACUAUGAUGGCAUUAACUACGAUGCUGGAGGGCAGCUGGCCAAUGGCCAGUGGCCGGCCAGAGCCAUCAUCAGGUUUGGCUUGAGGGCCAUCUGUUACCUGGGCAAUCGUUACAGCAAUGCCACCUUGACGGUCAACGAGAAUAUAGCGGAUAGCGAGGGUCUACGGUUGGCAUUGGACACUCAUCUGGCGAAGAGAGGGAGCAAGGAGAAGGAGGAGGAGGCUGGCCAGCAGGAGAAUCUGCGGAGUUUCUUUGUGGCCUUUGCCCAGAAUUGGUGUGGAGUGGCGGCAACGGGGACGAAAGGUGGGACCACGCCUCAGCAGCAGCAGCAGCAGCAGCACGCAGGACACGCCGAGAGGGUCAACAAUGUCCUGGGCAAUCUGCCCGAGUUCGUUGAGGCCUUUCAGUGCAAAGCGGGGAGCCGCAUGAAUCCCGCCGACAAGUGUCGCAUUUGGUGAUCUUUUUUCGAGGUUUAAAUAUUGUUUUUUUUUUGUUUAUAAAUAAAUAAAUUGUUGUAAAAAUGUUAAUUAUUUUUAAUAAAUUUGUUAGUUAUAAUUAA